AUGGCUCACGCUCUGAUACCACUGUUGUGUGGUCGUCCCAACUCCACCGCUCUACUCAUUGGCAGCGGAAGCUUCGGUUUCAACUCAUCUAACAGCAAUGCAAGCAGUCUCAAGCCCGACAAAUGUGCUGCUCAUACACGAAGUCUCCCGGCUCAGAUUGUCCUUGAACCCGGCACCCUCGAUAAGUCACGGCUCGGUGGUGGUCAACGAACAGCGACCCCAGUUCCUCGGCCCGCUCCCCGGGCUGCACCUCUCACACACGCCACGCAACCGGUCACCUCAUCACCUAAGCUCUCGUCUCACACAGAGACUCGCCUGGAAGCCCAAAGAGCUCUAGCCGGCGAUUGGAGCUCAAAAACGGACGGCCCAUUCACCGACCCAAAAAAUAGUGAAUACAAAGAAGAAGAUCGAGACGUUAUUAUUAAUUACCCGGAAUCAACGAUAUGUGUUCCAACAGCUCCGGAAAGGAAGCAUCAAUGUAAGGAGUGCGAGAAGAGUUUCAACUCGGGCAAGGCUUUAGGCGGGCACAUGAGCAGCGCCCAUUUUUGCCUUCUCCAGCGUCGGCGUAGUUCGGGCCGGCGGUCACCUUUGACUGGUCGGCCCACCCCUUACGCAUCGUUGUUCUGGAUUAGCCACAGGGUCUGCGAUUGUCUUCUAGCCGUCGAUUGCGGAGGGAUGGUCCGUCUGGAGGUCGCUGGCAGAGAUGUGGGUUUUACGGGCGAUUCGCUCGAAGGUCGGUCGGCGGUCGGUGGUUCCGCUGUCAAGCUGUCGGUCGCUUGGGGGUUUGAGCUUCUGGGACUGGCAGCCCCUUCCCGGUUCUCUGGUGUUGGGUCCGGGUUUGAGUCGUCCAGGCUCGGCUAG